UUAAGUAUUAUAGAUUUACCUAAAUACUCAAUGUCAGCAGUAUCAAAAACUCGUUAUCACACAGGACCUUUUUGUUAGUUUUAUUUCUUUCUUUUUUAAAUCGACUGUGAUACACAACUGCAAGUGGUAAUUCAAGAUGACUUGGGACUUCUUUACCUUUAUACGCGGCAUCAGUGAGUUUAGUGCCACCGCCUUGCUGAUGCUCUUUGGUUGCAUGGGUGAGUCGAUGAACCAGGGUGACGAGAACCGGACUUUGGUGGCCAGCGUUCACUACGGACUGGCUGUGAUGGUUGUGAUGCACGUGUUCGGCUUCGUCUCCGGAGCCCAUGCAAACCCCUGCAUCUCGAUCUCGUGCUACUUCAUGGGCUACAUAGCCUCCGAUAUGAUGAUGAUGUAUGUGGUCUGUCAGCUGGCUGGCGGAUUUGCUGGCUACUUCCUGCUGCUCCAACUGUUGCCCAAGGAAGUGCUGGAUGCCAGCAAGCCGGCCGUUUGUCUGGUGGAGCCGAUGGCCAGUCUGACCACCACCCAGAUUGUCAUGAUCGAGUGCCUGCUGACCGCGGUCUUCGUGCUCGGAUGGUGCGCCCUGUGGGAUGUGCGAAACGGACGAUUCCUGGACUCGGUCACCAUUCGGAUGGGUCUCCUGGUGAUCGCCUGCAGUUUCGCUGGGGGCCAGUUGACUGGCGCCUCAAUGAACCCAGUCAAGACUUUAGUGCCGGCCGUCUUUCACGGCAAUCCAGACUCCGUUUCAAUGCAGCUUACUGGCCAGAUCCUGGCCGCCAUCAUGGUCCCCUCUGUCUGGAACAACGCGUAUACGCCCCGCUAUAGGCCCCUGGAAAUACCCCUUUGCACCGGCCAGAACUAGGGCUCUUAGCCCCGUGUGUAUACGGCAAUAAACGUAAGCUCGACAUUUCUGGCUACUGUGGGGUUUAUUUGAUCAAGUGUACGAGCAAUUAAAUAUUAA